CUCCUAUUAAUCUGCAACACCCACCCUCAUCGCUCCUGAAAGCUUCGACGCGAAUCCCAAGAAACGAUUCAAUCGUCGGCUUCCCAUGUCGGUGACGGCCGAGAUCUUCGUCGUCACCGGGCCGGGCCAAGGCCACCUCCAACCCUGCAUGGAGUUCUGCCUCCUCCUCACCCGCCGCGGUUAUUUCACUACCCUCGUCAUCCCCUCCCGUGUCUAUUCCGCCGUCCCUUCCUCUUUCGCCUCCAACCCCCUCGUCACCGUGGCGCAGAUCGGUGGCUCCUCCGGCCCUCCCAUGCGCGACUCUGACCCGCUCAAUCAGCACGCCUGCCAGGAUCUCUCGGCCUAUCUGGAGGACCGGAUGGCCGGUAGCGAGCUGCCACGGGUGCUGUGCGCGGUCGUGGAUUUGAAGGUGUGGUGGACCAAGGAAGUUUUCUGGAAGUUCAAUGUCCCAGUGAUCAGCUUCUUCACCUUCAGCGCCUGCGCUGCGGCCAUGGAUCUAGGCGUGUGGAGGGCCCAGGCGAGUGACGUCCGGCCCGGCGAAGCUCGCUUGCUUCCGGGGCUGCCCGAAGCAAUGGCGGUCACGUGUCCCGAUCUUAAAAGGAAGCCCUUCAGGCAUCCUCAAGGUGGCAAAGGUGGACCAACGAAGCCCGGCGACCGGCCUUCCUGGGUCCCGGAGGUCGAGGGCUCGAUUGGACUCAUGUUCAACACGUGCGCCGACCUGGAGCGCUCCUUCAUCGACUACAUGGGGGACCAGAUGAAGAUGCCAGUCUGGGGUGGGGGCCCGCUCCUGCCCGAGCAGUACUGGAAGACGUCCGACUCGCUGAUCUCGGACCGCGAGAUCCGGCAGCACAGGCGGGAGUCGAACUGCCGGGAGGACAAGGUGAUCCAGUGGCUGGACCGCAAGCUGCGGCACUCGGUCUUAUACGUGGCGUUCGGCAGCGAGAUGGGUCCGAACGAGGAGGAGCUGGCGCAAUUGGCCAGUGCGCUGGAGGAGUCAAGACGGUCCUUCAUAUGGGUCAUCGGGUCCACCAAGUACGGAGGGGACUUCUCGGACGACAUGGAGAGCAGGGUUGGGGACAGGGGCCUGAUCAUAAGAGGGUGGGCGCCGCAACUCCUGAUCCUGAGCCACCCGUCGACGGGUGGGUUCCUGUCACACUGCGGGUGGAACUCGACGGCAGAGGCGAUCGGGCGGGGGGUCCCACUUCUGCUGUGGCCGAUCCUUGGGGAUCAGCAUUACAAUGCCAAGCUGGUGGUGAGCCAUCUCAAGGUAGGGUACAGAGUGGCCGAGGAUAUGUCACAGGUGGUGAAGAAGGAUGAGAUAGUGCAGGGGAUUGAGAGGCUAAUGUGUGAUGAGGAGAUGCACGAGAGAGCAGCUUCGAUCAAGGCCAAGUUUGGGCAUGGUUUCCCAGCGAGCUUGAGUGCACUUGAUGCUUUUAGAGAUUUUAUUAACCAGAGACUUUGAAUGAGUCUGUUGAAAUUGGAUCUUUGGCUAUGUUACCAUGAGAUUUCACCUCAGUUCUGCUUGCAAAAUUUCCC